AUGGCUCCAAUCGCUACGUGGGGUGAUGUGGCAGAACUUCCCAUCGAUAAGCCCUCCUUUAGGGCACCUGCAAAGAAUGAAAUUCCCAGUGAUGAUGACAUGGGGUUCAACGACCCCGACAAUAUUUUGUAUGUUAAUAUGGAGGCCCCAGGCCUAGGUCAGAGAUUCAAGGAACGCAUGGACGAGCUGGAGCAAAUGCUCCAGUUGACUCACCAGCUAGCAACCAUCCACGCCGGAAUCCAGGUUAGGAGGCGGAAGGAAGAAGGAGCUCUUCCAACCGAUGAUAGCGAUGAUUCUCGCUGGAGACGCUCUCAAUACCGGUCCAGGGUCAUGGACGUCUACUUCAACGAUGGCGUGUAUCCAUGGAUGUACAGCCCCCAGUCGAGCAACGUUGACAAGGAAAUCCAGGUUGAAAAAAGCAGGUUCCACUGGGAACUGCUGGCGACGAUGCUCGUUGGAAUCGUACUUCCCCGGCCCCUAGCAGCCGCACUUGAGGCCAUCUUCCAGGGAAUCUCGCAAACCAUCAACGAGACGAAUUACACGGCUGACCGUCGUUCUUUCUGGAGUAUGCUUCAAGUAUACACGUAUGACGAGGUUAGAGACGACCUACGCGCAUCACUUCGCAACAUUACUUAUACCCUGGACCAGGAGAUGUAUACGACCUCCAAGACGAAGAGCACUCAGACGACGGUCAGUACCAGAUUCACCUUUAGUCAGGCCAAUUUUGCCUUUAAUGAAAGAACCUGGAAGUCGAUGCAACCCGAGGUCGAAGCAUAUAUCAGAUCCACUGGAAUCGGCAACAUUAAAGACCCACCAAACGUUCCCGUUUAA